UUGUGAAACGUGUGCUGCGUGUCAGCUGUUUUGUGCUCAUGUAACCGGCCUGGCUGAAAACAUUGCAUUUAAUAUAAAAAUUCUACUCUCGUGAAAUGCAAAUUCGUCGUCCUCGUGGUGUGACAAUUCCUCAGUUAAUGGUGGUAACAGCUCUUGGGGUACUAGGCGGCAUAUACAUUUGGCAGCCACUGAUAUUGAAAUUCAAAGACGAAAAAAAAGCAGACAGUGAACCGAAGGCUCCAACAGCAGUCACAAAUCCCACAAAAUGAGUUUCAUUAACGGACUCAAGAAGUUCUCCACCACGACCGUGGGUCUGAUGGCCAUCGGCAUCGGGUCCACCGUCCUCAUUUAUACCGCCCAUCGGUUUAUUGUGAAACCCUACCAAACCAAGCAACGACGCCUCGAAGCGGAAGCCUGUGCGGACUAUCUGUUUCAGCAGGAGGCCCAUCCGAUCCGCAGCCAACACCGAUAGCAAGCGAGCCGAGCACUGAGCCCCAGUAAUUUUACCACAUCCAUCAUAUAUAACCUAUAUCCUUUUACAUAAACCCGCGGGAGCAGUGAAGUUUUAGUUUCCGUAAAUUAAUCAUUGAGGAACAGAGACCUCGCCUUGUUUCAGUAGAGUAAAUGCAUUAGGGUAUUUAAUGGAAUUUUAAUGGAAGCAACAACAUGAAUUGAAUAAAUAAUGAAAACUAAGAGCUAGCCAGGCAGCCAGUUAGAUAUGUUUAAACACUGAAAUAAACUACACAUAAAAUAUUGCUAGCGUUCAAAA